ACAUCCGGUCCGCUCUGAGCUUCACACGGUUCCAGCAUGGCUGACACCGGUGUGGUGGAGACGCUUUUACGGCGUAUCGAGAAGGUGGACGAUGGCGUGGAUAGCCUGGAAACAGCAAACGUCCUGGAAGUGGACCACCAGGUCAUCGUCGGAGCCGUGAAGAGUCUGCAGGCUCUUGGCGACGUGAGUAACCCGGUUUAAGAGCCGGCGGAAGUCAGACCGUCAGGGUUUGACUGAUGCAAUAUGAACGGCAGGUUUGAAGAGUAGAAGAUUUUACUCUGUCUGGAUGAACUUUGUAGGUGUCACAGUCUAACGGAAGUUCUUUUCCCCUGCUGUUCAGGUCAUCUCAGCCGAGUUGCGUUCAUCCAAGCACUGGGAGCUGACAGAGGAGGGGAAGGAGACAGCUGAGCAGGGCAGUCAUGAAGCCCGGGUCUUCAGCUCUGUCCCGCUGGAGGGUCUGGCUCAGAGUGAGCUCAUGGUGAGUUGGACAAACUUUGAGUCCUCACACAAUCCCCAACAUCAUCGGGUGAAUAGAUGUAGUGUUAGGGGACAGUGGGGUAAGUUGAGACACCCCCUGUUGCUUGGAAAUGGUAAAAAAAAAAAAAUUGAUCAUGUGACCAAAUAUUUAGGAGAUGGGCAUCAAUUCAUGGAGUCUGUGAAGGUUACAUUUUUCACUCUUGAAAGUGAGUUUAGUCUGUCAUAAGUUUUAUUAGAAUUGUGUUCAGACCAAAAAAGAUCAUUUUAAAUUUGUUUUAUACAUUAACUGUGGUAUCUGUGAGCUACAACAUGAGGUCAAAAACCUACCAUAAAAGUCCACCAUUUUAGCUUAGAGGACUCAUAAAGUCAUAGUAGUAGUUCUGGGGUAAGUUGACCAUAGGAGACCACUUUUAUUGGCAUGCAAUAUUGUCUAGACAGUUAUGUUUACACUCAUUCUGUUGCACAACAUCUUGAAAUAUAUGCAGAUACACUAGUCAGAGACAUAACUAUGAUCGCCUUGAUGUAGUGAUCUGAAAUAUGAAAAAUGGCUCAUCUUACCCCACUCUCCCCUAUCUACCACAACCAAUCAUGACUCAAUUAUUUUCAUCAUUCAAGGGAUGUAGAAAUGUGAGCUCUCGAGGCUUUUUUUUUGCUACAAAUGUUAGUUUGCUGACUUUUUUUUUGUUGCAUUGAGUUGAAGUACAAAAAGGGUCAAAUCUAUGCAGCAAAAAGGAAGAAAAAAAAAAAGAGUUAUGUCAAUGAAUUUCUUAAGGUGCAUUCGGAGAAUUUUUAUUGCCCUGGUUGAGGAUGAGACACCUAGAUUUGUUGUCCUUCAACGCCAAGGAGUAAUUUUUUUAAAUAUCUGGGUUUUUUUUUUAUUUAAAGUUACAGAAUGAUUUGGAAAAAAAUGGUAUGAAUAUUGCCGUCUGACUGGGAAAAACUGAUAAUGGUCAAAUGUUAAUCCUUCAUUCACUGUGAUUUUCUCCUUACAAAAGUCUAUUAUGGUAUCAAAAUAUUGGACAAACAAUACAUAAUACGAAUAAGAAGAACUCUAUUUAUCCAAGAAGGGAAAUUCAAUAAAGGUAGUGUAGGGAACAUUUUCGUAAAUUAACAAAACUUGACAUUUGUUUACAUUUUUGCAACUCUUUGUGUUUGUCCCCAUGCAGAAGCUGUCCUUUGGAAAGAUCGGCUUCAGCAAGGCCAUGUCCAACAAGUGGAUCAAAGUGGACAAGGCGCACGAGGGCGGCCCGAGGAUAUUCAGGGCUGUAUGUAAACAUCAACAUAUGAUCAUCGUCUGAUGUGACCUGUAGAUGUUGUUCUAAAUAAGUAUCUGUGUGUGCUCAUUCAUUGUUUCCUAGGUGGAGAAUAUUGAAGACCAGGUGAGAGAGAAGCUCCUCCAGGUACAGAAAGGCAGCAGCUCUCAGCUGGAAGAGAAAGAGAAGAAUGAGCUGAAGAAGAGGAAACUGCUCUCUGAAGUGUAAGCCGCAUACUGUAGUGAACUAUGUCUGCCAGGAGAUGGCAGUGGAAGGUUUUAAUUCAUGCAGUGGACGAAGGUUUGGAUUAAAAGUUGAAACCAGUAAGUGUGAGGAGCUCUGAUUGAAACUGAGGGAAACUUCCUGCUCCUGCUGUCUGCAUUUAUUUUGUAACUCUUUGCAGAAACAAUAUGAAGAUAUAUGGGGAUGUGAUCUGGGGAGGAUUUUAGUCCUUCCAUCUUUCACAAUAGUCAAAUAUUUAAUCAAGUAAGCAGUGCAGUAUUUCAGAGAUAGAUACUCAGAAUAUGUUGCCAUUUAGAUGAAAGAUAAGUAUUGUGGCUAUCUUGUGAGAUGAUUUUUUUGUCGUAUCAUUUAGCUGGUUUGAUAGUCUCUGUUGCACAGCAGGUGAAAGCUCUGAUGCUAAAGUAAUAACGACUCCUAAAAUGAUUUAGUGCCGUGUCAAAAAACAAUUAUCUUAACACACAGGAUAUCAUGUCGAAUACAGAACCACUGUGCCUUUUUGUAAGUAUUUCUUUCCAUGUUCAGGACAGUGAAGUCUUACUGGAUCUCUAAAGGCAGCUCCUUCAGCACCACCAUCACCAAACAGGAGACGGAUCUCACUCCUGAGAUGAUUGCAAAGUGAGUAGAUGUGCUACUUCUUAAAGUCGUCCACUGACAUGUACGGACAGUGUGUCUCGUCUGCCUUCGCCUGUCUGUCAGUGACAGUGUGAAGAACUUCAGACAGAGGACACAGAGAAACCUCCGCCCAUAAAAGGGGACAAGUCCAAAGAGGGGGACUUCGUCCUAAAGGCAGGGCUGAACAAAAUUAUUGCACUGUAUUUCAGAGGAGUGGAAAUCAACCAUGUCUUCUUAUUGCUUCAGUGAAGUUAUCCCCUUUUAGACACUUUUUGAAGCCUUGUGUUGUGUUUUCUUUUAGUGGCAGCUGGAAAGAGAAGAAAUUCAAACCGUACAACUUUGAAGCCAUGGGUGUAGCCCCUGACUGUGGACACCUGCACCCACUCAUGAAGGUGCGGACACAGUUCAGGCAGAUCUUCUUGGAAAUGGGGUGAGUGUUUGGUGACAUCACAACGAUGAAGGCUGUUUCUCUUCGUCUUAGUCGCUCAUUAACCCUCUUUUUGUGUAGUUUUACAGAGAUGCCGACCAAUAACUUCAUAGAGAGCUCUUUCUGGAAUUUUGACUCACUCUUCCAGCCCCAGCAGCACCCCGCCAGAGACCAGCAUGACACUUUCUUCCUGUCUGGUGUGUUAACACUUCUUUCUUUAAGUGUGUCACUCUAAUUCAUUUUAUUUCAGCAUUCAUAUACCUGAACAACUCUUUUUUUUUAGAUCCAGCACUUGCCCAUGAGUUCCCACAGGACUACCUGGAGAGAGUGAAGAAGGUCCACUCAGAGGGCGGCUACGGCUCACAAGGGUGAGACAUCACCAUAUACUCAACAUUAAAGGGAUAUUCUGGCAUAAAAUUAAUGUUGCCAACCGCUUGCUUCUCUCGCUAAACCAACUUUAGUAAUGACCGCAUGAUAGCAAUACACAGCGGUCUGAGGAGCCAUAAACAACCCUCAACCAAAACGCCACUCUAUAGCCACAAAUAAUGCUCAGAACAGCACCUAACUUCAUCAACAGUACAUAUAGGGUCUCAGCCAUAGUACUAGCCAUCAAACAUCUUUUUAACUUUGGCUAAUUUCUUUAGCAAAGAGACUAAACACAACUCACCUACUCUCUUCCAGCAGCCGCUUGUUUGUAGCGAGACCUCAGGCCAGUCCAUUACGAGCUGCAGCGGGGUGACACAGCUCAAGGAAGAACAUUUAUGAGCAUUUCUUUAUCAUUUCCUUGAAGUAAUAAUCAUCAUAUUAAUCAUUUUGCACUGCAGACGCAGUAGUUCUUCUGCCUCAGCGUCUCGGUCUGAUUGCAUUUCCAUGAAGAAAUGAUCAUAAAUGUUCUUCCUUGAGCUGUGUCACCCCACAGCAGUCUGUAAUGGUCUAGCUCAAGGUCUCGCUACAAACAAGCGGCUGCUGGAAGAGAGUAGGUGAGUUGUGUUUAGUCUCUUUGCUAAAGAAAUUAGGCAAAGUUAAAAAGAUGUUUGGUGGCUAGUACUAUGGCUGGGACACUAUGUGUACUGUUGAUGGACUUAGGUGCUGUUCUGAGCAUUAUUAGUGGCUAUAGAGUGGCGUUUUGGUUGAGGUUUGUUUCUGGCUCCUCAGACCGCUGUGUAUUGCUAUCCUGCGGUCGUUACUAAAGUUGGUAUAACUAGAGAAGCACGCUGUCAGCAACAUUCAUCUCUCGAGGGGGUGUCUAACUUGGUGUUACAGUGUGUUUGACCCUAAAUUAAUUUUACGCUGGAAUAUCCCUUUAAGCUACAGCUUGUUAAGAUCCUGAUGCCUUUCAGGUACAAAUACAACUGGAAGAUAGAGGAGGCUCAGAAGAACAUCCUCCGCACUCACACUACAGCAGUCAGUGCACGCAUGUUGUACAAACUCGCACAGCAGGUGGGUUGUGUCAAAGGAGUGGAAUGGACUACAGUCACAUCGGCUUGAUAAGUCUUGCAGCUAACUGUGAUGCAAAUGCUGUCCACCAGGAGAAGUUCACUCCCGUCAAGUAUUUCUCCAUCGACCGAGUGUUCAGGAACGAGACCCUGGAUGCCACCCAUUUGGCUGAGUUCCACCAGAUUGAGGGUGUGGUAGCUGACUACGGGCUCACUUUGGGGGACCUGAUGGGUAUCCUGCAUCAGUUCUUCAUCAAGCUAGGUCAGGAAAGUACCAUACUACACUGAUGUGAUUGGAAUUAGUUAUAAUUGUAUAAAUUCACAGCCAAAAACUAUGCAAGAUUUUUUUUCAAAUAUAUUUAUAAAAAUGUGACAAGAAGUGGUGCAUUUGGGUGUGUUUUCAAAGUCAUACAAGGAGGAUAUAUAUAUGUUUUUUUAAUUACAGGAAUUACCAAACUUCGCUUCAAGCCUGCCUACAACCCGUACACAGAGCCCAGCAUGGAAGUGUUCAGUUACCAUGAAGGUAUUACUCCUCUGGAUAAUCUCUUUCCAUUCACACUGUUGGAGUUUAACUAGCUGUCAGUGGAACCUGCUAAGGAGAUGACUGAAAUAGAUUCAUUACAGCUUUGCCACCAGCAUUAGUUUGCUAAUAAGCAUGAAGAAAAAAAACUGAAUUCCUUUUGUUAUCAACUUUUCUACAGUUUAACUUCUCCAUCGAAGGAAAAGUGUUUUUAUUUGUUUGUACCAUCACCCGUGUGUAACUUGUUUUGAUUCAUACAGGACUAAAAAAGUGGGUGGAAGUGGGAAACUCAGGGGUCUUCAGACCAGAGAUGCUCCUGCCCAUGGGUCUUCCCGAGGACGUGUCAGUGAUUGCCUGGGGACUGUCUCUGGAAAGGUGAACACAUUAUACAUACAGACUGUUUGAAGUGGUGUCAGUGGUUUUAAAAAGUCUGUAACUGACCUACAUUUCAACUGACUGCGCUGUGAACUGUUUAAAAUUAGAGCAUAUCUCCCUGGCUGUUAAAAGUAUACCUCCUUAAUGAUCUCUAAGUCUUUCCAUUUAAGGAUUAGAGGUGUGUGAUUUAGUCUGUCCACUGACGUCAUCAGUCCUCUGACCCAACAUCUAACCCACAUUUCAAAUAUUUAUUAAAGAGGAAGGAUCAUAUCCUUAUGUGAUUGAUUAAAGUAUACCUUAUCUAAUAAGCUAAAAUGAACCUAAUAUAAACAAUAUGUCAUUGUAGGCAGUGCUAUGCCUUAUUUCUGCUUAACAUAUCCUUGUAGGUCAAAGAUGUGUCUUUAGAAAAUGACUUUAAUAUUUAAAUAAAGUUCAAUUUGAGGUAAAACCAGUGACAACAAAUAUGGAGCUGAGGAGCAAGGGAAGACGCUAUAAUCCCUUGAGAGUAAUCCCUCCUCUUUCAGCCAACCCUCUGUUAUUCCUACAACCUGUCAGACCUGGAAUUAGCCUCAUCCCAAACACUUUGGCCUCUGGCUGCUACAACUGCUGCUUACUCAGCCUUCUGCUCUCCCCGCAGGCCCACCAUGAUUAAAUAUGGCAUCAACAACAUCAGAGAGCUGGUCGGACACAAGGUGAACCUACAGAUGGUCUACGACAGCCCCAUAUGUCGACUGGAAACCUGAGGCUCGACAGCCUCUAUUGCUGUUAUGAUUACUGUGGAUGGACCUACUUUGCCUCAUUGUGAGAGACUCCCGACCUCACGUCUUUUUGGUUUGACUGAAACCGACCAAAGCAGACUCACAGUUAGCCAUACUCGGAGGACAUGAGAAUUAGAGCAGCCUUUGAAUUAACUUAAUACUGAGCAACAUUACAAAACUUUGGUGCAAGUCAGGAGGAACUUACAUUUUUAAUUACAUCAAGCUGCAAAUGACCCUUUAGUAUGAGAAAAAGUCAAUAAAAACCUUUUCCAAAUACUAGUACUGCA